AUGGAUCGCCUCCCCAGGGAACUGAUCGACGCCAUCCUGCAACAAUGCAUCGCCAAAGGUCCCAAAAACAGCCUUCUCGGCCUGCGUCUCGUAUGUCGGCUGUUUGACAGGAUCUUGAAGCCGUCCACUUGCUGCACUCUGGGGCUGGAUUUUACCCGCAUGAGCAGAGCGAGCCAUUUGCGCAGGCCGGACGUGAAUGCUCUCCAGACCAUCGGCUAUCACUGCAAGAGUCUCUACAUAGACCUGAUGGUCCUCCGCGAUGAAAUGGAAGUCGAGUUCCUCGAAACCGUGUUUGCGCGGGUCCCCUCCAUGACGGAAUUCUGCCAGACGAUGCACAAAAAGUAUUGCAUGAACGAGACUUCCUUUACCGAGACGGAGUACUACAGCAUGGUAGAGGCCAUUCUGUUCAACUGCCGCGACGUCGACAGCCUCCGCCUCAACCUACCCUUUCAGCUUGUUGGCCGUCAUUGCAACGCCGCCACCAUGAUCUUGGCCAACACUCUCAAGGCAUUCGCCGCUCGCCCCAAAGAAGACUCGGCCAAUCUCAAGACCUUGGUCCUCGAGAACCUCACCGACGUUGCCGUUUGCAACCUGUGGAUGAAUCCGAGCGAUGUCAUGAACAUCAUGGCCGUCGUGGCCGUCUUGGAGCAUCUGGUCCUGACGUUGCGCAGACACGAGGUCGAGCCGCACCGCGCCGGUCUCUUCGGCUCGUGCUUGUGGGACCUGAUCGAGCAUGCCGGCUACCUGAAAACCCUCUGCAUAGUCGGCAUGGAUCACGAUGACCGGCCGCCCAGGGGCUUGAAGCAAACCAGAUUCUGGCAACUCCCUGUCGCGGACUGGAGGGCGAGGUCGCUGCCCGCGCCCCGCGUCUGCUUCUCCAGCCUGGCCUGCCUGGAGCUGAAGCGCCUCGAGAUUCUGCCCGAUAGCUUCCUGAAGGCGAUCCAGGUUUUCGGCGAGACCCUCGAGGAGCUCUAUCUCAACGAAGUCUACCUCAAGACGGAACAGUCCCGGGACUGGAACCAGGACUCCAAGCAAGUCCUGUGGGUCGGCAUCCCCAACCAGCGGCCGCUCGAGAGCUGCAAGUGGAUAGCCAUGGCUCUGAGGGCCUCGGCACCGCGGCUGCGCGUCUGCCGCGCGUCGUUCCUCGCCUACGACCACUACCUCGGCGAAGACACGUCGGUCCAGCCCGAGUUCGACCUCAUCGACCCUUGCGGCCUGGGGCGCAGCGUCUCGCAGCGCUUCGUCGAAGUCGCCACCGGCAUCCAUCAACCCAACAUGCCUUCCGGAGAGCCUGUCGAGUUCCUCCCCCCCGACGCCAAGCACGACUGGCUGGUCGGCCGACUCAAGCCCCGCACGAGAGCCCUGCGUGUCGACGAGUACGACACAAACGCGCACCAGACGGCCGUGGACAACCCCACCUCGGAGUGGCAGAAGAGCAUCGACGGCAUCUUUCACAACUGCAACUCGGGAACCCUCGAUGAGCUGCACUACAUUGCCGAAACGGCCUGCCAGGGAAUGAACGAGAUUCACAGGAGGAGAAGUGAAUGGACGACCGGGAACAGCAUGGCGAAUGAGUAUGCGGAUAACUUGUCCAACAAUGUCCCCCGUGGAUAA